CUUCUGCACCUUGCAGAUUGCAUGCAGAACAGUGGGCCACUCUGGGCAUCCUGGGCCUUCCCCAUGGAGAGAUUCUGUGGGAAAGUUCAGCGUACAAUCACUGGCAGACUAAAUCCUUACCCAGGGAUUGACUGGUGUAUCCUCCAGUGCUGUCAAUGGGAAAUCUUGCAUCCCAAGUUCCUGAGACAGCUGAGGGGGAUGAGGGGGAACAUGAAGGAGAUCAGAGAGGGGGAGGAGAAUGAGGAGGAAGAAGAAGAGGAGGAGGAGGAUGAAGAGGGGAAGCUACUGCCCCCAAAGACUGUGUUAAUGAUCAACCGAGCUCUAUGUGAUAAGCUGGUGCCUUACCUGGCCUCCCAGCUUAAUGUAGCACACCCCACUAUAUGA